UCUGCAUUUCGUACGAUUACGGUCUCCAGUUCUUGACAGCUUUAAGCACGAGUUCACGGAUGCGUCACGUAGCGGUAAACACUCCGCUAGACUCGGUCGCUCGCCAGUCAAGAUCCGCAGACGGGGAAGUCAGCAUUCGGAUCGCUUUCCGGGGACUGACUGUUGUACACUAUGGCAGCCAUACAAAAACCGGAGAUGAUGUUUCUCGUUUUCUUCAUAACCAUCGUGGGCGUGGCUUCCGAUGGACACGCCCUCCACACGUCCUGGGCACAGAUUGACCAGCUUUGGAAGGACGAAGCCGAGGCCAUAGCACGGAUACGGACGACAGUGCAUUCACUGAACAAAUUAAAUGAAGUACUGAAAAGGNNNGUCGCGUCGUGGGAGGAACUCGCAGGAGGAAGCGACGUGGAGGCGAGGAGCGGAGACCCAGCGGCUGCCUAUGCCUUACUGCAUCACGUGUCAAGAGGAUGGAAACACGUGGAUCCGGUGCUGCAGGAAACCAAGGAAAUUUUCGGUGAUAUUGAAUUCUUGGCUUCGCGUCCGGACAGAGAACUGCUUCCGAACACCGACGACGUGAUUGGUGCGUCCGAAUCCCUGGCGAGACUGGCGCACGUUUACCGUCUCAAUACGACUGAAUUGGCGCGUGGGGGUCUUUUUACCUCAGUGGACCAGGGGAGAGAUUCGUCAUACCAUAUGCUUUCAAUGAGUGACUUGGCCCACAUCGGUCUGGUGGCCAUCAACAAGGGCUUCUUUGGCGUCGCGGUGGAGUUCCUGAAGGCGGCCAGGUCGAGGGCUAACGUCCACGCGCAGGUGUCUGUGGAGGAAGGUUUCGGUGCAGAUUAUACGCCGGAGAAACUGGAGGAGUUUAUUAACACGGCCGUC